GAUUUUUCAGUAUCCGCUGUUGUGCCCUUAAUUUAUCCGCUAUUUGCUGAUAGUAAACGCUUUUAUUGUGCAACUUCUUAAUAAUUUCAUAUAUUAUUAAAGUUGUAAACAUUGUAAUCGUGUAGUGUUUAUAAUAGCAAGAGAACUUUGCGCUAAAAUUGUGUUUAAAUUGCAAAAAAAGGAGUUUGUGGCGUAGUCAGCAAAUCAGUUACUUGAACAGAGUUACAGCACUCGAGACAAUAGCAGCAAAGUCGACUGCGCUAAUAAAAAAAACUGAAGCGGCAGUAACAGCAGCAGAACCGGUAAAUCACUUAAUGAGCGGUCGCAAUCGUGUCAGUACUGGAAGUGGCGGUGGACGAUAUAGUGGUGGUGGUGGCUAUGGCGGCGGCGGCGGAGGCGGAGGCGGUUAUGGUGGAGGUGGCGGUGGUUAUGGAAACAAUGGAGGCGGUUAUGGCGGCAGUGGUUAUGGCGGAAAUGUAGGCUUCAAUAACAGCGGUAGCGGUGGUGAUGGCGGCUAUAAUGGCAACUAUCGUGGCGGUUAUAAUGAUUAUUGCGGCAACAACGAUGUAAAUCCCUUUAAUAGACAAGUACCUAAUGAUCUCAUGCAGUUGAUGAACGCAAUGGCGAGUAAUUUUAAUAUGAAUCCGCCACCACCACCACCAGCACGCAUGCCAUGCGGUGAGCUGCGCGCCAAUCAUUGCGGUAUGCUGGUCGAGUUAACGGGACGACUUGUUAAAAAGCGUGUAUCACGUUUUGUGGAAUUACGCGAGCGCAAUGGUGGUGCAUCACAAUUGGUUAUUUUGGAAGAUAAGUAUCCGCGCAUAGCACGCCGCAUGCAGAAUAUGCCGGAAAACACAACGUUAACCAUAACUGGCGUGGUGAACCGACGCCCAAAAAAUUCAUGCAAUCAAACUAUGCCGACCGGUGAAAUCGAAGUGGAAGUGCAAGAAAUUGUAAAUAUUGAAUUUCCAACUGGUGUGAAAAGUAUGGGCAAUAAGCGCACUUAUAGCACAAUGGUGAAACAGAAUAGUUGUGGUAUCACAAGCACUGAGUACAAGAUAGCUAAGAGUGAUAAUAUACUGAAGUAUUUUGAAAAUCGUGAUUUUACUUGCAACGAUUUGCGACGCGACGAUAUAGGUAAGAAUGUGACACUAGUCGGCUGGAUACCACAACCGAAAUCAUCGAAAUUUUUACAGCUGAAAGAUGGCUACGGCAUGACACAAAUAAUAGUUGAGGACCAAACGCUGCAAGAGACUUGCCUCAGCGCACCAGAAGGCACAACAGUAUUGGUCACAGGCAAAGUUUUGGGAAGACCGCGUGCCAAUAUCAAUUUGAAAUAUGACACCGGCGAAGUAGAGAUAUUGGUGGAUACACUCAAGAUCCUAAAUCCCGAUGACCCUUACGAGGGCCCAAUUAAAAACAAAGAGAAGUUGCAAAAAAUGUCAAUUGAUGAUUUGGAGGCAGAAGAUGCAACGAAUAACGGCAAUGUCACGGUGGGUAGCAUUGACGGUGACAAGUCGAAAAUAGCCGAUUUGAAUAAAUUCUCCGGACGUACGCAUACAUGCGGUGAAUUGAGCAUAGAUAAUGUCAAUGAGAAGGUGACCAUUUGUGGCUGGUUGGAGUAUCAACGUAUGGGCAAAUUCUUUAUAUUACGUGAUGGUUACGGCGAAACGCAAGUGCUGAUCACGUCGAAAGCUAAAGGUUUAGAGAAAUAUGCCGACGGCUUCUCGUUAGAGUCCAUUAUACGUGUCGAGGGUACGGUUAUACCACGACCAGCGGCCACAGUCAACUCAAAUAUGAAGACCGGACAAAUUGAGGUGGAAGCCGGCAGUGUGGAAGUGCUUAAUGCGGCUAAAAAGAAUUUGCCAUUUGAGGUGCGACGUCACAAUCGUGCCGGUGAACGUUUACGUUUGACACAUCGCUACAUUGACUUGAGAUUCACCGAUAUGCAGCAUAAUCUACGCAUGCGUUCGGCCAUCAUCAUGCGUAUGCGUGAAUAUUUGAUCAACUUUUUGGGUUUCGUCGAAGUGGAGACGCCCACACUCUUCCGUCGUACACCCGGUGGCGCACAAGAGUUCGUUGUGCCCACACGCAAGCCCGGACACUUCUAUUCACUCGUGCAGAGUCCGCAACAGUUCAAGCAAAUGUUAAUGGCUGGCGCCAUUGAUCGUUACUUCCAAGUGGCACGUUGCUAUCGUGACGAGGCCACGCGUCCGGAUCGUCAGCCGGAGUUUACACAACUCGAUAUCGAGUUGUCGUUCACAACACGCGAAGAUGUUAUGAAUUUGAUCGAAGAGCUGUUGCGUUAUUCGUGGCCAAAGCGUGGCCUACAGACGCCCUUCCGACGCAUCACUUACGAGGAGGCCAUGGAGAAGUAUGGCACUGAUAAGCCAGAUAUACGUUUCGGCUACACAUUGCAAAAUGUUACAAAUAUAAUUGAGAAAAAUAAGACUUUCGACGAGAAGUUCAAUAAUUUGGGUGCUUAUGCCAUUGUUGUGCGCGGUACUGAGGCCGUGUGGAACUCAACUGCACGUAAACAUUACGAGAGUCUCAGCAAGGAAUUUGACGGUACACUAUUUGUACGCAAAUUUAUGCAAUAUAAGGACGUGCUCGAGCGUUUAACGAAAUUAUUGGGUGAUGAUGUCGCGCAGGAGCUGAUUGAGAAAUUCGAUUUGGAAGAAAAUGAUCUGCUGUUCCUCGGUAUUGGCGAAAAGCGUGAAACUCAAGCACUUUUGGGUCGCAUACGUCUCGACUAUCAUAAUUUCCUUUCGGAGAAUCUGAAUCGUGUGUCUAAAGAGAAUAAAUUCCUUUGGGUCGUCGAUUUUCCGAUGUUUGCCCGCAAUGAAGAGACCAAUCAAUUGGAGAGUGUGCAUCAUCCGUUCACCGCACCACACCCCGACGAUAUGGAGGUCUUCAUGAACGCCAAAGAUGAUCAAUUGGAAAAUGUGCGCUCACAAGCUUACGACUUGGUAUUGAAUGGUCAAGAAAUCGGUGGCGGUUCAAUACGUAUACACGAUCGUGAUAUGCAACAUUUCGUACUUGAACAAAUUCUUAAAAUACCACAUGAGCAUUUGAAUCAUUUGUUGAACGCCCUGGAGUCGGGUUGUCCGCCCCACGGUGGCAUUGCACUGGGACUUGAUCGUCUAAUUGCCAUUAUCUGCCGUGCGCGUUCAAUGCGUGAUGUUAUUGCAUUCCCGAAAUCGUUGAACGGUCGCGAUCCGCUCUCGAAUGCACCCGUGCCCAUUUCCGAUGAGGAGAAGGCGCUCUACCAUUUGGCCGUGUUGGAGGGUACAAGCAAAUCGACCGAGCAUGAUAUCGAAGAUGAUGAUCCCGAUGCUGUACGCGCGACACCGUCACCGGAACCGCACAGCGAUGGCAUGUUGGUUGACAGUGAAGAUGUGAAGCCAGCGGUUGAGCGUGUUGAAGAAGUGACGCCAGUGGAUGCUGAGAAGUCGGCGUCACAAAAGUCGCUUAAAAGUGAGCCGCCUGAAUCCCCAAAUAAUAGUCAACAAGUCGCAGCUCCUGCUACACCCAAACCCGCCGUUGCCACUAAAUCAGCCACGAAGCCCAAACGUGGCGUUGCAGCGGCAAUUAAGAAGUAAAGCUUUCAGGGCGCUAACUUUUAACUAACAAAAAGAUGCAUAUGCAUAUGUAUGAGUUUCUCUAGCGUGCAUCAUGCCGUUAUGUAUAGUUUUAUCUACACAUUAUUUAUAUAUAUAUACGUAUAUUAAUUAUUUACUAAAACAAAAACAAAUCCUGCUAUAUUAUCCUCUGAAAAAGAUCAAAGUCAUUGGCGGCCUAAUAUUUCACCAUAUAACUGUAUGCAUAUGUAUUAAGAAUUUUAACGGUAUUGCAGGUGAACGUUUAAUUAAUUGUUUAUAUUUAUGGGUCAUUAUUCCAAAAAUUUUCAAUUCUCACACAAUUUCACAAUGGAUUGAUUUAUUGAACAAAAGAUUCGUUUAAAAUUAAGAAAACGGAUAACAAUAAAAAUAAAGAAACUACACCAAAAAGCAAAAA